UAAAUCAGGCCUCCAGCUCCACCAUCUGCAAAGUUCGCCCUAUUCGGAACACGACGGAAGCUUGGCACGUCAGCGUUGACUUCAUCGUUAGGAUGUGUUGACAAAUGUAUAUUCGGGAUUUAGUGAAAAAAUAAGUUCUAUCUUCGCAAGGUCUCUAUUCUCUUGUUGUUCUCUCUUCCUCUCUGCGGGUAAUUGCUACCAUCAAUCGCUCUUUUCGACAACUUCUCCAGCAUCACAACACACCCAAUCUUGCCGCCAGCGACACUAUCCAGAACACGUUUCCAUCAACAUGCCAUUCGAAAUAGCCCGAGAGUGGUCGUCGUAUCAUCUGAUACCCCAAUCAGUCGAUGUCGCCCUGAAUCCACCUGAAUCCUACUUCUUCAUAACCGACUUCCUGAUCAUAGCCUGCGGCAUACUCUACACGCUCUGCUAUAUUUUCUACACCAUCCGAACCUACUCGGACCGCUACCUAGCUGGGACUGUACAGUUUCUUUCCGCGACUAUGGCGUAUGAGAUUUACUACGCGUAUAUCUGCACCAGCACGACUUUCCAGAGAGCUUGCUUCUUUGUGUGGUUCUUGUUCGAUAUUACAUUCGUCACUGUCGCGCUCAAGUAUGCAUACAAGCCUGAGGAGAGAAUGAGGACGAUUGUGAAGUUGUUGUGGCAGGUGCCUGCUUGGAUGGCCUUUUUGUGGUGGGUUGGGACGGUGUGGCCGGAUGAGAGGGAGCAGAAGACAGCGUUUUUCACGGGGUUGUAUCUGGAGUUGCCGAUUGGCUGGGGACAGAUUUUGUAUUUGGUUCAGCGACAGGACACCAAAGGGCAGAGUCUGGAGGUUUGGCUUACGAGAUACCUUGGGUGCAUUACGGCGUUUCUGGUGUUCAUAUGGAGAUAUGUCAACGUACCGCAAAACUGGUCUUAUGUCGGAAACUGGUGGAGUAUUGGUGGCAUGAUCGUCACGCUGCUGCCAGAGACAGUGUAUCCGUUCUUCUACGUUUGGGCGCACCGGAAAGAGAGAGAGAAUGCGAACAGAAAGAAUGCUUGAUGCUGAAGAGACGGAACCUGUCGAUAAAAGAGGGAAUUGCGAAGAUGCAACUGUACGGGAAUCCGUUUAUCAGCCUUGUCCAA